AUGUUAUGUGGUUGGACUUUAAUUUACCUUCAUCUCCAUGGUCAUGAAGAUAAGCUCCCCUGGUACCGUGGGAAGGAAUGGAGUUACUUGAGAAGAGGACUUACACCAUUGGAUCGGGACUACGGAUUGAUCAUUAACAUUCAUCAUGACAUUAGAACUCAUGUGAUACAUCAUCAUCAUCUUUUCCCACGGAUCCCACAUUAUCAUCUAGAAGAAGCAACAGAAGCAGUUAAACCAGUAUUAGGGAAUCUUAGCAAAAAGUAUGAAAGAAGAUCAUUAUAG